UUGGUCAGCUCUCGUAGGGGAGGCGGGGCUUUCUUUCCAGAUGUGGAGGCGCUUCCCGCGUGAGAGCAGUAGAGGCAGCGUUAGUCAUGGCGGAGGCUGAGGGGCUUUUGGUGGGUUCUCCGGAGUUGGAGGAGACAGUGGAAGCAGACUUGCCUGUAGCACUAAGCCUGUUGAAGUCUCUCCAAGAGCAGGUUGUUGCGGUGACCCAUCAUGUCCAAUGUCUGGCACAGAAAGUGCGGGCAGGGGCCUACCCUACAGAGAAGGGCCUCAGUUUCAUGGAAGUGAAGGACCAGCUGCUGCUUCUCUACCUUCAAGAUCUCUCUCACCUCAUCCUGGAGAAAACGUCUGGACGCUCUGUGGCUGACCACCCUGCAUUGCUGCGCUUAGUGGAAACCCGAACGGUGUUGGAAAAGAUACGCCCCAUUGACCAGAAGCUGAAAUAUCAGGUGGACAAACUGGUGAAGGCAGCUGUGACAGGGGCUUUGGGUGAAAAUGACCCACUGAGGUUCAAGCCGAAUCCUAACAACCUGGUCAGCAAGCUCAGCGACUCGGAGGAGGAAGAUGGAAAUGCUGCAGAUGGCACAAAGAGUUCUGAGAAGGGGGUAUCGAAAGGAGGGAGCAAGAAAUACAUCCCACCUCGCCUGGUGCCUGUACAUUACAAUGAAACAGAGGUGGAGAGAGAAAAGAAGAUGCUGGAACAGGCCAAGAAGAGAGCGCUCAGCAGUUCUAUCAUCCGGGAGCUGAAAGAGCAGUAUUCGGAUGCUCCCGAGGAGGUCCGUGAGGGACGUUAUGCUCACUCUACCAAGCAAAGCAGAGAGGAUGAACACCGGACGAAGUAUGAAGAGAGUAUGAUGGUACGUCUUAAUAUGACCCGAAAAGAGAAGGCCCGCCGGAGGCGAGAGGGGGCCCUGAGUUCCCAGCUGAGCUCACUUACCUACUUUGGAGACAUCAGUGCAUUGACUGGAUCAGCAGCUCCGUUGGGAGAGGAUUCAGGUCCUCAAAAGAAGAAGAGGAAGAAGGUUGGCCCAAAACAUGGAAAGAAGAAAAAAGGUUUCCACAAGAGGCGAUAACCUCCCCACACCUCAGGACUGACCUCUGCCAACCCCCAGUUCCUUGGACUUGUGCCCUACAUAUAGGGUGGGGGGCAGGGAGGGAGAAAGACUGGAUAACAAUAAAACUUCUGUGGCAUCUUUUUCUCUCUCUCAAAAA